AUGCGAACGCCGACCGAAGAACAAAAUCCAGCACGAGGCCUACACAGUGGAUUUCUUAUUCCUGAUGAGGAUGAAGACGACGAAGAUGCAUCGGUUGAGACGAUUUCGAUCGAAGAGCACAGCGUACAGCACAAUCUUGCACAAACAAUUCUACCCGUUCAACAACGAGAAACACAAUCUUCAUCGGUUAUUAUUGUACGAUUAAAUUCUAAUUUAUUGCCGAAAGCGUGUUCACUUUUUAACUUAUGUCCAAUGUGUAAUUGUCAAAUAUAUUUUCAUCCUCAACGAACAAAAUAUCGUCAAAUAAAAACACAAAACUUGGCUAGAUGUGUUCUAUUUUAUAUACGUGAACGAAAUAUACAACGUGGCCUAACAAUAGAUUCAAAAGGAUUGACGGUCGAUAAUCUGAUGGGAAAGUAUUUACAUUUUUAUUGUUAUCAAUCACGUUUAAAAACAUUUUUGAAAUCGAAAAAAAUUCUGUACGAACAAAAAACACAUCCAGAACAUAAUCAACCAUCUAGCAUCAUUUCUCCUUCUGAUUCUUUAUGUGAUUGCUGUUCAUUUGUUCCCGUUGAUUUCUACUUAAAAAAAUUUUUUAUACCGCAUUCAAAACUAUCUUGUGCAUUGUGUGAAACUUUAAUUACACCUGAAACGCGAGAUUUACAUCAUUGGACUGUUUUAACAAAUAAAGAAAAUUUAUCAGAAUUGAAACAACUCAUUUUAUAUCAACGUUUUUUACGAGAAACUUUAACAUCAUCUUUUCUCACCGAUCAAAUUAAAUAUGAAGCUUUUGUACAUCGAAAAUGUUUACAUUAUUAUACAAAAGAAUUGAAAGAAAAAUUAUUAAAAACCUCAUCAAUAUUUGACAUCAAUUUAUCAAAACCCGGAAUUUCAUCGUCAUCAAUUGAACCUAAUCCUGAUAGAACACCGUAUAAUCUUGUCGAUAUUUAUUUAUCGUCUAAUAUACGUCAAGCCAUAGGUUUAAAACCAUGUCAUGUGACAUUCGAAACAAUGUGUAAAAGUGAAUUACGCUAUUAUCAAAAUAAAUAUCAAAAUAAAAUUCAACAUAAACAACAACAAACAGAUAGAAAAGAUCUACUAACAAAUAUAAUAUUGGAUCAUGAUUAUUUCGACAACAACAUUGUGUGUCAAACGAUGACGACUAAUGAAAGAAAUGAAAUCGAUUCUAGUGAUAAAGAAACACAGAUCAUAAAUGUCAAUGCUGCUCCUAUUCUUGACGUUAAUCAUGAGCAACAGAUUGAAAACGAAGAAUCUCAUCUCGAAAAUUUUUACCGUUAUGUUGAGCAAGCGUUAAAUUCAAAUUUUUUAAUACCGUUUCGAUCGUUGCAGAAAAAAUGGUCUAAAAUUCAAAAACGAUGUGACAGUUCAAGUGACGGGCGACAACAAAAUCGAACAAGAAUUAGCUUGACUAAACAACGACUCUAUGAGCAUUUUGGACACGAUCAGAUUACAUUUUUAAGACAUAAACAGGGUUUAUGUGUAUCAUGGACAAGUUUAUCCAAACAUUGUACUUUAUUAUCAAAGAUGCAAGAACGUUUGCGAGUAACAAACUCACAAAUUCAACGUACAAGAACUCGACAAAUUAGGCGGCCAACAAAAUUUAAUUCUAAAGAAUAUUUAGAAGAUAUUUGGAGUGGUGAUAGUGAACAUGAGAAAACUGAUGAAGAUACAAAAGGAAGUAAAGAAGUCUAUGAAACAGAUUGCGAUUUUAGACCAAAAACACCGUUAGAAAUUCAAACAACAUCUAUUGCAAAACAACCAGAUAUAAUCAUAUCUACACCAGCACCAGUUGCCACUAUCAAACCUGCCAAAAGAGAGAGAAAAUCUCACAAUCGUGAAUGUCAAGUGUCUGCCGCUGAUAUUCUUCGCGAAUGCGAACUACCUCAGUUUAACUCGUCAACUUUUGCUGCUGCUGCCACAGUCGAUUCACAAGAAGAAAUUAUCCAGCUGAUUCGUUCUAUACGUUUGAUUCGAUUAUUUUUAAGUGAACAAGGUAAACAAAUGCAAAAACUGACAUAUGAAGACUAUUUACAAAAGUUCUCUAUACAUGACAGUCCUGAUCAAGAUGCAUUUUAUUCUCCAUUAUCACCCGUUUUACUUAACAUCAUUGGUUUAUUAUCAGUUAGUGAACGUGAAUUUGAUGAUUUGAUAUCGUCAACAGGUGACAUGUUAUUUCAACAAUUC